AUGUUGGCACUCCUUCACAAGCGAAGCUCCGUCAGGAGCAACUCGAAAGCUGCUUUUCUAGCUUUUCGCCGUGAAAAAGAAGUGACAAACUACGAGGGUAGUUACAAGUUGACCGUGUCGCAAUCCGAUCUCAUACCCAAGAUAAGCAAUUUGAAUAGGAAAUCAUCGAGCGUUCAAGACGUGAGAGACAAUCGUUGUAAAAAAUACGAUUAUAAUCAGAGAUCUACUAGUUUUGGACGAUCCGAUACAAUGAGGAUAAUUGGAGAAGUUGAAAGAAGUAUUAUGGAUGGUAAAAAUCCAAACCUUUCUCAACAACAGGAACCCGUUCGCGAUGAAGAAACAAUAAAAAAAAUGGAAGAAGAACUGGAAUGUGAAAGACUUUCCAGGGAUUUAGCUAGUCAAUUGUCACCAUCUGAUAAAUUACAAAGUCUUUUAGUUCCAGAUUCAGAAAGGAAAAAACCGACAGAUUAUGUCGCUGGAUUAUUUCGUUUGGAACUUUCAUCUAAACCUCGUAGGAAUUCAAUUAAUAAUAAAUCAAAUAAUAAAUCGUCCGAUGGUGUCAAAAUAAAUUCGUCGUCACCUUCUUCUUCUUUUCUUAUAACGCCAGAGCAUAAAUCAUCAAAGACUUCAUCAAAUAAAUUAACAGAAAAUACAGAAAAAAAUUCGCGACAGUUACAAAAGAAAAAGGAGGAAUUAAUGGCAAGGCUAGAUAGAAAACUAGUCGUUUUAAAAGAAGAACAGGAAGCGCUGACGAACGAAAGCACUGCCAACGAAGAAUUAGGACUAAUAGUUGCAAACACUGUUGCCAAAUCGACGAGACCACACGAAUUGGCAAAAUAUCGUCUUCACGUAGAAGAAGUUGGAAAAAUAACGAGUCUUCUCUUGGGUUUAUCCGGUAGACUCGCAAAAGUUGAAAAUUCUCUUUUGGGUCUUCCAUCACAACACGACGACAGAAAAAUACAAGAAAGCAAAAGGGAUAAAUUACAAGAACAAUUAGCGGAAGCAAAACAAUUAAAGGAAAAUAUCGAUAAGAGAAGCGAUUCGGUAGCGAAAAUCCUUGGAAAAUACCUGAACGCAGACGAAUAUGCCGACUACGUUCAUUUUAUUAGGAUGAAAGCCAAAUUAAUUGUCGACCUGAGAGAAAUCUCUGAUAAAAUAUCUCUCGGCGAAGAACAAUUGGCAGCCCUGAAGGAAACAUUAUCGUCAUCAAACACUUCAUCUUCUUCGUGA